AUGCUACCUGUACGGAUUCCAAAUUCAGGAGGCUGUGAUUGUGAUAUUAGGGUUACAUCGUACAUUUUGCCAAGUAUGAUCGCUUUGUGUGAGAAAGGAUGGUUGGAAACUUCAAUUAAUGCUUCAGCCAAUCUCCUUGGUUGGUAUAUCUGUAGGCACCAUUUCAAUACUUCUUAUUGCUUUUUCUUAGAACACAAAAAUUCGGAAAACAGGCAGUAA